AUGGUUGUUAAUGCAGUUUUAUAUGCUAUUAUAUUUGUUACCAGUCUUCACUUGGCCACUUCUUUCGAAUUUUUCGGCCAAAUUUUUAUUGACGCGAUUAAAAGUGUUGCUGAAAAGAUGGAAGCUAUUAGCAAAUGGAUGCCAGAGCUUAUCAGUACUCCUUUCAAGUUAUUUGAUGCCGUUCCAGAGAAAGGGAUCGUUUACAACAUAUUAUAUUCCAUGGUGUAUGUAAUUUCUACGAUCCCAUUUGUCUUUCGUACAUUCGCUACAGUGCUGAUAUCUUUGCAUUUUUACUGGCUGAUUUACAAUAGAUUUUUAACAAAUCUCUUUUACUUGUGUAUGCUUGAUCUAGCCUUUUCAAUCGUCGGCCUAAGGCUCAUCCUUUUUUACAUUUAUGAUCCCGAGAUUUCGUCUAUGAAAAAUUCGAUUAACACUAUCCUUAGACGAAAAACUCAAUAUCCUGGUCAACAGAACGCAACACAUAGCGAUAAUAGGUCCGGCAAUCCCAAAAUAGGCCUUCAGUUAAAUCGAGUCAAUCCAGGGUAUGAUCCAGCAGCUCAAACUGGUCACAGCAUCUUGUCCGCUGUUUUGCUUGAGUUUCUCAAUAUUAUGAUGACUAAGAAAUAUGAAAAUAAAUAA